AUGUAUCGGAAAGUCCAUGUGCCAGAGGAAGACAAGAGAUUUCAACUAAUUCUAUGGCGAGAUGAGCCUAAUGAACCUAAAAGAUGUUAUCAGCUGAACACGGUCACAUAUGGUACUUCCUCUGCACCAUAUCUAGCCACCAAAUGCCUACAAGAAUUGUCAUCACAGACAACGCAUAAAUACCCAUCCGGUUCGACUGCAUCAAGACGGGAUUUUUAUACGGACGAUGUGAUGUCAGGUGAAAACACCCUGACAGAAACUAUUGAGACGCAACAUCAACUUCGCAAAGUCUUGCAAUCGGCCGGCUUUAAGCAUAACCCAAGAAAGGGAGGAAAACGUGAAGACACUAGGAUUAGUCCUAAAACAGAUGAAUUUCAAAUUAGAUGCCCAUACACGGAAUCUGAAAAAGUAACAAAGAGAUCAGCGCUAUCAGAUAUUGCUCAUCUGUUCGAUCCGCUAAGAUUGAUGGCACCAGUUACAGUUACUGCUAAAAUCUUCCUUCAAAGGCUAUGGAGUCUCAAAAUAGGUUGGGAUAAAGAAAUUCCUUUAGAACUACAGGCGGAAUGGUCAAGAUAUUAUAAUGACUUGCAGGAGCUGAAUCAAAUGAUGGUACCUCGUCACAUAUUUGGAGGGAAGGUACCUGAAAAAAUACAGUUACAUGUCUUUUCAGACGCUUCGGGAAAGGCAUAUGGUGCAGCGGUAUAUUUACGAGUUAUUCAGUCAGAUGGGGUUCGCACAGUUCGCCUUUUAUGUACAAAGUCGAAGGUGGCACCAUUAAAACGAGUGACCCUACCAAGAUUGGAAUUGUGUGCAGCAAGGCUAGCAGCUGAACUCGUUCAUCGGCUUAAACGGGACAUAGAAGGUCCAGACUAUAAUUGCUUUUACUGGACCGACUCCGAAAUUGUCCUAAAUUGGAUCAAUGCGGAAGCAUCGUCAUUUUAUAAGUUCGUGGCUAAUCGAGUCGCUGCUAUACAACAAAAUUCCUCACCCAAGCAAUGGAGGCACAUACAUUCAAAGGAGAAUCCAGCAGAUUUGGUAUCGAGAGGUGUCGCUCCUGGAAAACUGCAGAAUUAUGCCCUCUGGUUCUAUGGGCCUAUAUUUUUUCAUGGGACUGAAGAGUGCUGGCCGGAAAGGUUUCGUAGUGUAGAUACUACCUUGGAGAAAAAACGUUCAAAAAUGGUAUUGGCCAUGGUGAAGGACUCAAUUUCCCUUAUCAAUCAAAUCGACCAUCAAAACUCUUUUCAACGACUGCAGCGCAUAAUAGCACAUGUGCUACGGUUCGUUAGGAAUGCACGAACAACGAACCACAAGUAA